UCCAAUUGUUAAUCAAGGAAUAACCCUGCAUUUGUUCAUUGGGUAUGCAGAGUUAUCUCCAAUAGUAAUAAUGUGGAUGCACUGAACGGAUGCCGGACGCAGUCGUACGCGCCCGCCAAAGUGGCCUGAAUCGCUCCGUGUUCGCCCUCUUGUCGCCGUCAACUUCUCUCUAAAAAUCCGGCCAUUUCCCGGCGAGUUACCGGCCGUGUCAUAUACCAUUUUGAUCGCCUUGAUGAGUACUACAAUUCCCCUCAAACAAUUUCAUGUUUCAUCCACGCAUGAUAAUGAGCUCACACCUCGAUCGCCGCUAGCCUACGCCGUCGAUUCGCCGUCGUCACGGCGACCCACGAUCGCGGACCACCAGCGUUCGAACCCCCUUCUCAUUGCGAGUCGUUUUAGACUAGUCUCACCCAAUUCCAUCACUGGUGUGAAGAGAUCUCACAACUUUCGUCUGUGCGCCGUCACCGAGCUUCAAACCACCAUCCCCCUGCCGCCGCCCGCCGUCGGUUCACUGGCGGAGCACCACCAUUGGCCUCGCCUCGACAUGGCGCAGCCAACCGUCCGGUCAAAAACGGUCAUCGGAGAUCGGCCAGAAGCUCCUCCAUCGGUAGCCGGCGAGCUUAGCCCGCCGUUGACCGAGUUUGACCCGUUGACCAAGUUGACUCGGCUAACUCAGUCAACCCGGCAAUUUCAGCAGCCAGCUUCUUCCAUUCCGACGCUGAACCUUUCGAAGAAAACAUUCGGUGAAGUUGUUGCGCCAUCAUGGGCCUCGAAAAUCGCAAAAACGGCACCUCACAAAUACUUCCUUGCGGACUCGCCACCGCCCGCUAUCGGUACGAUUUUGACUGGCGAGAAAGGUCCAACACUGCUGUUCAUAGAUGCUGAGAUCGAAGUUCUUGCAGCUCCAUUCAGAUUCGCACUCGUCGGAAAAUUUUCGCAUGGAGCACCCUCGUACAGCAUCCUGCACAAACUGAUAGCUGGAACUGACAUAAAAAACAAUUUUACGGUCAUUAUGCUGAACAACAGACAUGUCUUAAUUUCCCUAUCUUGUGAAGCAGAUUACUCUCGCCUGUGGCUUCGCCGUAUUUGGUAUAUUCAGGGGUACCCAAUGCGUGUCUUCAAGUGGACUCCUACUUUCACGCCGUCUCAGGAGUCAUCAAUUGUACCAGUUUGGGUUAGUUUUCCGGAGCUGCCAGCACAUUUGUUCCGCAAGAAAGUCUUGUUCACAGUGGCUAGCAUGAUUGGAACCCCUCUGCAGAUUGACGAUGCUACACUCAGUCAAUCCAAGUUCUCCAAGGCACGGGCAUGCAUCAAAUUAGACCUUCUCAAACCACACCUUGAAGAGUUUCAAAUUCAGAUUUGUGGGGAUAUUAUUGUGAAGCGUAUUGAAUACGAACAAAUUCCACACUACUGCUCCUUAUGCAAACAUGUGGGGCAUCGUGACUCAGAAUGUUAUUCGAAAGGCGAUGCUCCCAAACCACCUCCUCAGAAAUCGAGCAAUCGUGGAAAGAAGGUUGCUGUUGAGGUGGAGCGGGGCAAAGCAGCAGUACAAAAAAUUAGUGAGAGCUCAAAGAUGAUGGACCAGCCGACCAGCCAGAACAACUUCAGUCUGCAAAGGACAUCAGGUACCACACUGAACACAGAACUGACUCCAUGAUUAGCGUGAAUGAAAAUGUUGUCUCUGUUGAUGUUGCUGACACUACCUGUGAUAAUGAUAAAAUGGGGGAUGAGAAUUUGGAGUAUAAAGUGGCUGAUGGAAAUUGGACACAUGUGGAAAAUGCUAUCAUGCUACUCGAACAGAAUUCAGAUGAGGAUCAGAGUUCAAAGAAUUCAGAAGAUGAUCAAAAUUCAGAAGAGGGAGAGAUUAUGGAUCGCAAUGCCAGAGGCCUUGGAAGAUUCGCGGCCCGAUCUGCUUGACCAAUUGCAACCCAGUUGAUAAAGAAUCCGCAGAGCAGCUGUUACAGCAGCUGGCCACUCCGACCAGACUGCCAAGAAAUCAAUUCCCUAUGAACGAGCAACCAGAUUACCUGUUCAAGAAUUCAGAGGAGAAAAAUCGAGUGAUGAAACAAAGGAGCAACUCUUGUGGUCCAAGAAUUCGAACAAGGCGAAUCAAUGAAGAAGGGACGGGGACGCCGAAAAGCUUCCCCCACCUUUGGGUGUUAAAAAAAAAAAAGAGUUGUAAUUUGAUGUGGAUUGCGGAGGGAUUCAUAUCUCUGAAGAUAGAGGAAGAGGAGAAACUCUAAAUCAGAGAUGUUGCGGGUCAUUAUUUGUUUAGAAAAUAGGUGUAUGGUUCAAGUGAAAAUGGAAGUAAAGUAUAUACGUAGCACGCUCAAAUUAUGCCGACUUCAUGAUCAUAUGCGAGAUCUUUGUUUGUCAAAAGGAAAAGAAGAAGAAAUUCUACAAGUUGUGGACAUACAGAAACUCUAUAUGGGAGAUGCCGUGGCUCGUUAUUUGUUUAGGCUAGCAAAUAGGUGUACGGUUCAAGUAAAAAUGGAUAAAAGAUAUAUAUAUAUAUAGCAUGUUAAAAUUAUGUCGACUUCAUGAUCUGAUGCUAGAUCUUUGUUUGUCAAAAGGAAAAGAAGAACAAUUUCUACAGGUUGUGGACAUACAUGAAGCGAAGAGGAGUCUUAAAUUUACGAAAUAGUAUGUUGGUGAUACGUUUGAAGUCAUGUUUUUUGUAGUUAAGACGUUACAAAGACAAAAGAGGUGUAAUAUGAUAUGGAUCGCAGAUGAUUUAUAUCAUCUGAAGAUAGAGGAAGAGGAGAAACUAUGUAUAAGAGAUGUCACAAGUCAUUUGUUUGAGCUAGCAAAUAAAUAUAUGGUUCGAGUGAAAAUAGAUAAAAAAAAAAAAAAAGCAAAGUACAUAUAUAUAGCACAUUAAAAUUAUGCCAGGUUCAUGAUCUAAUGCGAGAUUUUUAUUUGUCAAAAGGAAAAACGAAGAAUUUUUGCAGGUUGUGAAUAGACAUACAGGAAGAGAAGAGGAGCUUUCAAUUU